UCAGAUCCCUUUUGGGAAACAGCCUGGCCCCUGGUUUGGAACAUGAGCAGCCGGUUGCCCGUUCCCUGUGGGCUCGCUAUCGUCCUGACCGUUCUCUGUGAAGUCUCUGGGAAUUCCAAGUUCAGCGUGGGUCAGUAUCCGGAAAUUCUGAACGCCACAGUCGGUUCCAACGCAACUUUCUACUGCAGUUUCCCGUUUGCUCGGGAUGUUUCCACGGUCCAGGUGAACUGGUGGAGGGACGGGGAGCGGGGCUUUCUCCUGAGAAGCAGCGAUUCCAGGUAUCACUUCGAAAUCCGGAAUAAAGCCAGCGCCGCCUUUCACCUUCUGCAUGUGGAUGUGUCCGAUACCGGGCUCUAUUACUGCCGCGUUAGCAACCAGGGCAAAGCGGGGCAAGGCAGCGGCUCCCGGCUCCUGGUCACCGCCCCCCCGAAUUCUCCGCAGAUUGCCGCCACGCUGCUCGGGAGAGGCUCCGGGAUCUUCCUCAGACUUACCUGUCUCUCUGGGGCCUUUCACUCGGACCAGCUGAGUGUCCGAUGGUUUGUGAACGGCAGCGAGGUGCUGAGCGGGAUCCGCAGCCAGGUCGAGCCGAGGCCGGGCCAAGGGUUCGAGGCUUCCAGUUCCCUGGAAGAGAGGCGGCCGGUCCGCAAUGGGACGCUUUACAGCUGCCGGCUGUCGUACAGUGGGAAGCAAGUGGAGGUCCGGUACACCUACAUCUCCGGGGCUGAAGCUUUUGCAGAGCCAGACUCAGGUGUUCUGCCUUGGUGGAUCUAUAUCGCUGUCGGGAGUGGGGUUUUCCUCCUGCUGCUUCUGAUUAUUACAAUAAUACGUUGUAAAUUCUGCAGAGGCAGAAGACGAAAAAGAGAACACAGAUGUGUUCAGCAUAUGCAGAAACCAACUAAUUUCACAAUGGCAUAUACAGCUAUGGAUUCCAGUGGCCCUUCAACAGGUACAAAGCACCAGUACGUGGAAAAGAAAACAGCUCGUCCCCACGUCCCACCAAGAAACCCACAGAGAGACAACAAACUUAUUUAUGCCUCACCACAACUCAGAAAGCAACAGGGCAGAAAAUGAACCACACUGUGCAGUGAGCACACAUGCAGCACAGCAGUUACUAGCAAGAAAUUGGUUCUCCAAUCUUAGCUCGACAUGAAUGAACAUGCCAAUGCAACAGCAUCUUUUAAUUAAAAUGAUAAUAUUGUCAGUAAGUUUUAUUUUACUUUGUCCCCUCAAGAAUGUUGCUAAGAACUUUUGUGUUAUAAAUAUAACAAAUGAUAUGACAAUAACUGAUGUUAGUGACAGUAGCCUCAUUAAUAUGAGGCAACCGUUGGCUGAGUGCAGUGCUUGGUAAAGGAAUUGUGUAGUCUUCAUAAAUUAAAACCAAAAGCUGAAAUUGGAUUUGAAAAUUACAACAAAAAUAUCCAAUUCUCUCUCCAACCCCUCCCCUAUCCCAACAUCCUUACCUUGAACAGCACAAAGUACAUCAGCAAACACAUCAUGCACAGCACUUUCCUGUGAUCAUUUGACAAUUCUGCUGUUCUUGUUUGAUAGUGCAGGAUUGAUAGAAAGCCCCACCGAGUCAGUGUUAUAAUAUUUCAGGGAAAUAAUUUGUGAGGGCACACCUGAGAUUUUUCAAACAAUAAAAAGGGACAAUGAUGAUGUGUAUAGGAAGGCAGUUUAUGCAGAGCCAGCUGAGAAGGACAUAAAAUAAAUAAUGUUAUCAGCGAAAUAUAACACACAGAUUUUACGUGAAAAGAAAGUUUGGGAGAAGAUUUGUAGCUCGGGUGCUUGUUGUUGUGAUUCUGUUCGCCGAGCUGGGAAUUUGUGUUGCAGACGUUUUGUCCCCUGUCUAGGUGACAUCCUCAGUGCUUGGGAGCCUCCUGUGAAGCGCUUCUGUGAUCUUUCCUCUGGCAUUUGUAGUGGUUAGAAUCUGCCACUUCCGGUUGUCAGUUCCAGGUGUCCGCUGCAGUGGUCGGUAUAUUGGGUCCAGGUCAAUGUGCUUAUUGAUUGAAUCUGUGGAUGAUCUGUGGAAAAGCGCAGCAAGUCAGGCACCAUCCAAGGAGCAGGAGAAUUGACGUUUCGGGCAUGAGCCCUUCUCCUGCUCCUUGGAUGCUGCCUGACCUGCUGCGCUUUUCCAGCAACACAUUUUCAGCUCUGAUCUCCAGUAUCUGCAGUCCUCACUUUCUCUCUGAAUGGAACUCAGCAAUACAUCCGUUCAACAGUUCACAGUAAUUUCCAUCAUUCCAUCCCAGAUGCAUUCAACUAAAACUUCCUUUGACAUUACCUUAAGACAUUGGAAUGUAUUCCGCAUACUGCUUGCUAUAUUUCCAGAGUUAACCAUAUAUUACUUGGUUUCUCACAGAAUUGUAUAAAUAGGGGAAAUUGGCCAUUCAUGCCAUUGUACCUGUGCUAGCCCUUUGAAGCAGUUAUUGAAUUAUUCACACUCCUUUCAUACUCGAACCUAUAUCUUAGAUUUUAUUUGUAUGCAAACAUUAGUAUAUUUUAACCUCGCCGAUUUUAUUGUGUAGAACUAAUUUACUUUCUGUCCAGUUUCCUCCAUUCAUCAGCAUUGCAUAUUUUCUACUACCAGACCACUUUCCAAAGUAGUUGAGGCACUUACCAUUAAUUUCAAGAACAUUGUUUUCCGUGGACCUGGGUAAAACUAUAGCUUGAGAUGCUACAUAUCUCAGAUCAUCCGACAGUUCCCACUAAUGCGCAGACAACAUCAAUUCAUUGUGGAUGCUCCAAUGGAGAUGAUUUCCAAGGACAUCUCACUUGAUGGCGUUGAUUGACAUGAAUUGGUGGAAGAACCCUGACUACAGAAAGAAAUGGGGAUUAUUGGGCAAUAGACAAAGCAGCAGUUUUUUGUUUUGAUGUUUUAAUAAUUAAACUAGUUUAUCCCACAGGAUCCCAGUCAGUUGGGGCAGAAGUUACAACAGCACAUAGCUUUUUUUAAAAUAAAAAAAAUUUCUGUUGUUUGAUCUGAAAAUUGAGAUUACCAAUGGUUAAAACAUUCAAGAUGAGAGAUUAAAGUCAGUGGUUUUGAUCAUUGUUCGGUAUGCCCUGUGCACUGGUUGUGUGUAGAGUUUAAAAGAUGUUUAUCUCUGCAUUGUAAGUUCUCUCGGCAAA